UUACUCUUGUGAUUUGUUGCAUGGGAUAGACCAAUAAUUCUUAAUUAAAUGUCAGACACGGCAUCUGAGUAUGCAUGUUAUAUUCUAAAUAAGUAUUUUGGCGAAGCUGCCACAGUAAGCACACAUAUUUUGUGUGUUAAAGGUUCAUCAAGUUUGUCGGAAAUUUUAAGGGAUUCUCACAAAAAGUUACACCCAAGCCGAGUUUGCAAAUGCCUUAUUUCACUUGUCAGAUAUUCCAUGUUAAAUAUACAAAAAGAUUUGAUAUUAAAAUACAGUUUAAAUUAUGAACGAAUAUUUUUCGUGCCAAGACUUCCAUUAUUUUGCAAACUCGUGUUUCAUUACUAUGGCAAGGUUGCUGAGCAGGCUAUGAUUUAUUUUUCUAUGUUUGGACGUGGAUCUUUAAGUGACCUGUUAGUGCAUUGUGUUAAAAAGCAUCUCAAUAGUAAACAAGAACAACACAGCUAUGUUGAAGCUUUAGGAACCACUGUGACUACCCUUGUUAAAACAAAUGUCCUUCAAAUUGUAAAUCCGAAGCUGUGGUCAGUUGAAUCUAACAAGGAGACUAAUGUAUCGGCUGCGCCUCCUCGAACAGGUGAAACACCUGUACAUGUCAAUGUCUCGGAAUCUGAAAUGCAAAUGCCAAAGGACGAUAUAUGUGAGGCGUUACAUAAUUACAUUUCCAGUGGAUUUGUUAACUGGCCUAUUGCAAAUGAAAGGAAUAAUGAACCAGUGCGUAAACGUGCAAAACGUUAUGAUGAAUCAUCUGAGUUAGUGAAAUCUCUUAAAUUGGUGGUCUGUCCAAAUAUUCAAACAUUAAUGACAAUGUGGAGAGAUCGAUUAAUAUGUCAGUUGGCAAGUGAAAAACUUGGUGAAAUAUGCGGUGAUAUUCUGUCACAUUUGUUAUGUAUUGCUACAGUUGCCAAUAGGGGCACAGGAAUCACCUCUCCAGAGUCAGGAGCUGUUUCACGUUCAGAGCUUUUGCGAAGUAUGCGAACUGUACCGGAUCAUAUAUCCUCGUAUAUCUCCUUAUUGAUAGAUGAUGAGGUGAAAUUUCUUUUACAACAACCUGGAUUGGCUGGUUACAUCAUACAAGUCCUCUUUGAAAGUAAUGGGUUACGUAUUUUCCGGUUUCUUCUGCUUGCUGGACCUUCAAAUUUAGAAGAGAUUGAACGAAAAGUAUUGCUUCCCCAAAGUGAUUUCCGUCGAAUACUACCACGUAUGAUGCCGUCGGAUACUUCCAGUCUUUUUAAGGAAUUAACACUUAAGGAUGCUGAGAAAGCCUUGGCAGCGGAUUUGGAUUUGCUUGUGAAUACCAUACCAAAUUCAUCUCCAAAAAAAGAAGCGUUCAUUAAUCAAAUGAUAUCUUUCAAGGAGUUGUUCAAGCAAUAUUUACAUGAUAAAACAGAAAAAUUUGAUUGGAAUAUGAUGGAACCUGUUCCAUCUGAAAGUAUUAAAAUGUACGAUGCCCUUCAUGUUCCUACCGAUCGUGAAGUAAUUCGUCAACAGUUAAAUAAGCUAGUAGUGGUGAAACUAAAUGGUGGCUUGGGCACCACAAUGGGUUGUACUGGACCAAAAUCUUUAAUUUCAGUCCGAAGUAACCUUACUUUUCUUGACCUGACUGUACAACAAAUCGAGAGACUAAACAAUGAAUACGGAACUAAUAUUCCCUUGGUUUUGAUGAAUUCCUUCAAUACACAUACUGAAACUGAAAAGGUUUUACGCAAAUAUCAGCAAGUUAAUGUUCAAAUUUUGACAUUUUUGCAAAGCUGCUAUCCUCGUCUGAAUCGAGAGUCAUUACUUCCUAUUGCUAAAUGUGCUGGUCAAGAAAGCCAUGACUCUGGAACAAAGACUUCUAAAGAUAUGAACUAUAAUCCUGAAGAAUGGUAUCCUCCUGGACAUGGUGAUUUCUAUCGUAGUUUUGUUGCUUGUGGAUUAGCAGAGAAAAUGAUAGCUAUUGGUAAACAAUGGGUUUUCAUGUCAAAUAUUGAUAAUCUUGGGGCAACUGUUGAUCUAAAUAUUCUAAAUUUUUUAAUGAAUAAAGAAUUUCAUUGCGGUAAACAAUCUCCAGAGUUUGUUAUGGAAGUAACUGAUAAAACGCGAGCUGAUGUUAAAGGUGGCACUUUAACACAAUAUCGUGGACAUUUAAGACUUUUAGAAUUAGCUCAGGUCCCUGAAGAACAUGUCGAUGAUUUCGCUAGUGUACGAACAUUUAAAAUAUUUAAUACUAAUAAUCUUUGGAUUGAUUUACAAGCUUUACAUCGUAGUGUUAAACAAAAAACUCUACAAAUGGAAAUCAUAGUCAAUCCUAAAACUUUAGAUUCCGGUACGAAUAUAUUACAAUUGGAAGAGGCUGCAGGAGCUGCUAUCAAGUCAUUUAAUGGUGCUUUCGGCGUUAAUGUCCCACGAAGUCGUUUCCUACCAGUUAAAACUACUUCAGAUUUAUUGUUAGUAAUGUCUAAUUUGUAUGUAUUAGAUGGUGGAAGUUUAUCAUUGUCUCCAUUGCGAAGUUUUCCAUCUGUGCCUUUAGUAAAACUUGGUAGUCAUUUUAAAAAAGUCAAAGAUUUUUUAAGUCGAUUUACAAGUAUACCAGAUCUACUGGAAUUGGAUCAUUUAACUGUAUCCGGAGAUGUAUACUUUGGAAAAGGAGUAGUUUUAAAGGGUACAGUUAUUAUAAUUGCCAAUUUUGGUAAUCUUAUCAAUAUACCACCAGGUUCAAUAUUAGAAAAUAAAAUUGUUUCAGGAAAUCUACGCAUUUUAGAUCAUUAA